AUGUUAUGCUGCUGUGUCCUGGAGGUGGACCUCGAUAUUUUCCGUGGAGUCUUCAUAGAGCAAUGGCUGAACGGGAAGAGGCACAGCAGUUGCCAAGAGGCGCUCUUCUUCUGCACGACAUGCGGUCCACCAGCGGUGCAGGAGUCGCUAAAGGGACUUUCGGGUAGCGGCAGCAGCGGUGGCUCCAACCGGCGCAACAACCACACAGCCAGGAAGAGCACCCCAGAGAAAAAAAGCUCUGCCGGAAAGUCCACCUUUGGCACAACGCUGAGGAAGUUGUUUGGCGCGUCGAAGAGCAGCUCCAAAGCGGAUCUGAUCACCCUUUCGUCCAAGCAGCACGCUGGCUACCACACACGGGAGUCCGGCACUCGCAUUAUAUCAGCAGAGGAGGAGGAACUCCCAAUCACACCACGGACGGAGAAGGAGCUGUACCUGUGCGUGACCUGUGGAUCAUGUUACUGUCGCGACCACGCUUGCGACCACCACUACAGUCGUCAGCAGCGCAGCAAUGUGACGGGUGGCGACGACCAGGAAGCGCAACAGAAGGGCUAUCCGUACCACUCCUUCUUUAUCGGCGUCCCAAGCUUUGUGAGUACGCACCCUUUCCACACACUACCGGAGACGUCGUGGGGGCUGCUUUUCCCCACGGUGACGGUGCGCGAGAUCGAGGAAGGCACAGCCAACUUGUCAAAGCCGCUCCCUUUCUAUGAGCACUUCGAGGAAAUUUGUGACGCCAGCGCUGCCUGCGGGGCGAGUGCUUCACAUGUAAGCGGCAUCAUGACUUCCAACAGUUACAGCUUCAACCGCGGCAGGAAUGCAGCAGGCGGUUCCUCCAGCGCGGCGCAUACACGCGUGAGCACGUACAGCAGCAGCGGCUACCUCGACUGCACGUCACAGCUACAUUCGAAGGUGAGCAGCUACGUCGAUAGAAAGGAGGACUGCUCCCCAACGCGUCGACCUGCCCUGCUUACCCCCAUCGGGGCCCACAACCUCCUCUCUCCGCCAGAGUUCCACUCCUCCCCGCCCGAGAACUGGUCGUAUCUCACGUUCUGUGCCCGAUGCACCGACCGACAGGCGGUGCGACUGCAUGGCAAGCAGUACGACAGCGAAAUCACACGUCACCUCCAUCUGCGCCGGCUGGGGCAUCUCACAGCGCUACUUGCGUACUUCCUUUAUCGUGGGGUGCGUCUUGAAGUACCGGCGGCGUUCUUGGAGUACUCCGCAAAGAAGCACGUACAGCAGGUGGAGCGGCAACGCAGCCAGCAGCGCGCGCACAGAUUGACUGAGAUGCAGCGUGUUGGUCGCGCCUCGGAGCUUGUCUGCGGGCUGGAGGUGAUGGGGACGGCAGGCGCGCCCAACACAAGCCCUAUCGGCGGCGAUGUGGACACGUCGCCGCCGACGGCGAGCGUGACGAGUGGCUUAGGCCUGCUGUCACGCACAGAGACGGACCACGUCAUAACCCGUGCGGCGAUCUGCGGCUUUUCCAACGAGAGCUACUUUUGCUACAUGAACUCGGUGCUGCAGUGCCUGCUGCGGUGCCGCAUCUUUGCAAGUCCACUGCUGCACCUCGACUUGUCCAAGAGCCCUGGUAAGCUUACCACGUCCAUGGCGCGUUUGCUUCACCAGUUGCCGCACCAGACGUACCAGGAUGUGCGGAACGGCGCCGUCUUUGCGUUCGUGCGCUCACUGCGGGCGCAAAUUUGCCACGUCAAUGUGCUCUUCGAAGAGGAUGAGCAGCAGGAUGCCCAAGAGUUUCUCUUAACAUUGCUCAACGGCAUCGAGGAUGAGUUCAAUAAGGGAAAGAGCGAAGAGGAGAAGAAGACAACGCGCUGUAUCAGCUUCGAGGGCACGCUACUUUCCGAGGUCAUGUGUUCCCAAUGCAAGCACUGCGUUCCACGCAACGAAAUGUUCAUGUCCCUCUCCAUCCCCAUCGAAAAGAGCAUCGAGGACGGUAUUGCGUCGCUCUUCGCGCCGACCACGCUGCACGGCAAGGACCGCUACGCGUGCGAGACCUGUUUCCGGAAGCUUUCGCCGAAAGAGCAGCAGGGGCACAACGCCCUUGCCGCUUUCCAGGCGGAGGCGGAGAGGAGGGCCAAGUCAGAUGGGAAGAAGCUCACCAGGGAGCAGGUAGAGGAGCGCGUGUACGCCAACUCGCUCUAUAGGGAGGCCGAGGUGCGCACUUCGCUCUCCCACCUUGGGGGCAGCCUUGCGGUGCAUCUUCUUCGCUUCCACUACGACCCAGAGGCACAGGACUUUAUAAAGGUGGUCACACCGGUGCGCAUCUCACUCACUCUUGACCUCACCCCGUACGUCAGCCACGAGGUUGUGGAGGACUACAAGCGCAUGGAGAAGAUCUAUCUCUUGCAGCGCCGCUUCCCAAACGUGUCGGAGAGGCUGCUCAGCAAGUACCUAAGCCACGCUAAGUAUGACGUCAAGGUGGCCACGCAGAGGCUACUGGAUGACGGUCACAGGGUAGCCGAGACGACGGACUCGCGGCAGAACAGCAGCAUCCUCUCUAGCCUCAGCCACACUGGAGUGAGGUCAGACAAAGUGGUAGGCGACGACGGGUCUGAGGACGUGGCUGGCUGCGGCAGCAUCUUUGGUGACCCCUCUGACGUCAACUCCUCUUUCGCUGUGUCGUCGCUUCCCAACAACCCCAACAGCAAUCAAAACGUCUCUGCCAAAACGACGGCCAGGUCGGGCGCACGCGCUGACAGAGGAGGUGGGAAGGCAACACUGCCCGAGUGCACCCCGAUGACCCCUGCAACUAUUUGCGCUAUUAGUCGCGACGAAUUCGACCCAUUUGGCGAGCGCAUCCCCCCGAAGCCAUCGUUAGUGCGUCACCUGGUCGGCAUCGUUGCGCAUCGCGGCUCGCUACACGGGGGCCACUACAUCGCCUUCGUGCGCCACCUCACUCACCCGCAUGUCUGGUUUCGCUGCGACGACGAGGACGUCGACGUGGUGGAGGAGAAGUACGUGCUCGAUCACGAAGCAGAGGUGUACCUCGCCUUCUACGAGUAG